UUAUUCUUCCAAAAACCCUAAUUUAUUAAUUUCAAGCUUGAUAUAUAUAUAUAUAUAUAUAUAUAUGGAGUUGGGAGAAAAUAUGUUUGUUGUAUGUGCAGCCAUUUUAUUUAUAUGUGGUGUUCUAAUUAGAUGGAUUUUGAUGAAGAUGAAGAUGAUGAUGGUUGAAUCAUUAUUAGUAUUUCCCAUACCCAAUAUUAUUAAUAUUAAUAUUCCUCCAUUGAUGAAAAUGCUCCCCACUCUCUACCUCAAAAGUCACCAACUCUACACCAAGAUUACACAGGUUUUAGAAGAGAACCGCGGCACGGUCUUAUUCAAGACAUCGUGGUUCACGAGUCACGACAUUCUUAUAACUAGCGAUCCCAUCAACGUUCGACAUGUAAUGAACUCCAAGUUCACGAUCUACCAACGAGGAUCCGAGUUCAAGAAGGCAUUCGACUUCUUAGGCGAGGCCGUGUUCAUCAAAGACUACGAUCAAUGGCGGGAAGAGAAAAGGUUCACCCAUGGAUUCUUCAAAGAAGCUCGAUUCCACGACUCAAUCCCAAAGACACUUCAAAAAACCCUAGAAAAAGCCCUAAUUCCAGUUCUUGAUCAUCACUCCCAUCACCAUCAAGAAUUGGAGCUGCAAGAUUUCUUCAACAGGUUCAUGCUCGAUGCCACAUGUCUUAUGGCCACCGGGUUCGACCUUGGCGCGCUCCGCGUCGGCCUUCCUCCAUGCUCGUUGCUCAAAGCAAUGGAUGACAUGGCGGAGGCCGUGUUUUGUCGACAUAUCUUACCUGAAAGAGUAUGGAAGCUCCAAAGAUGGCUAGGAAUUGGCAAGGAGAGGAAAAUGUCCAAAGCUUGCAAGAACCUAAAUCAAAUUCUAGCGAAUUUCGUGUCGAAAAAGUACGAGGAAAUCGAUUCCAACAAGAGCACUCGCGAAUCAAAUCAGGGUUUCGAUGUACUAAAUUUUUACAUUAGUAGCGCUACCAAAGGAUCAUCAUCACCGGAAAAGGCCUAUUUAGCUGCCAAUAUAAUGACCAUUUUGUUCGCCGGAAGGGACACAUCCGCGGCGCUCUUGACAUGGUUUUUCCACCUCAUUUCAACACACCCUCGCGUUGAAACCACAAUCAUCGAAGAAAUUAAAAAAAUCACUUCCCCGGGGACAACAAGCCACAUUUUUUCCAACAUCGAAGAACUCAACAAACUUGUCUAUCUCCACGCCACAUUGUACGAAACCCUAAGACUAUUCCCCACGGCCCCGGUAAUAAUCCGGGACCCGGUUAACGAGGAUGUCCUCCCAACCGGGCACCGGAUUGGAAAGGGGACGAAGGUGAUUCUUUGCUCAUAUGCUAUGGGAAGACGGCGCGACAUUUGGGGCGAUGAUUGCAAAGAAUUUAAGCCCGAGAGGUGGAUGUCGAGGGACGAGAAUGGAGGGACGAAACACGUGGCGUCGAGCAGCUUCCUUGCCUUCGGAUCGGGCCCGUGGGCCUGUCCGGGCAAAGACUUAGGGUUUGCAAGAAUGAAGGGAGUUGUGGCCACAAUGCUACACAAUUUUAAGAUUAGGGUUUUGGAAGGGCAGACAAUAAGCCCUAGUGUGUCUGCAUUGUUGUCAAUGAGACAUGGCUUGAAGGUUAGGGUCCGAAGUAGAUGGAAUUAACAUUGUUGUCGAUGAGGUAUAUCAUUAAACAAUGGUAUUAUAGUAAAUUUAUUAAAGAAUAGAUAAAAAGAUAAUAUGAUAAUUAGAAAAAAAAUAAUGAUAAAUUAAUUAUUUAGCUCCCCGU